AUGAAGUUGUUGAAAGAUUUAGUGAUUACACGUAAGGAGCUUCAAGGAUGGGAGAAAAACCUUGUCUGGGCUAGAGAUGGUACUUUGUACAUUACUUCAUACCCAGACAUCUGUAUUGGGCAGCCGACUUAUCGAAAGGAAGUGGGAAAUAAUAGCAAACAUCUAUUUCAUAUAAAGGAGUAUCCAUUGAUAUUCGAGAACAAAUUUGAGUUUGACAGCACAGCUCGGAAUACACUGCUCAGUUCGCAACCCGUCUCGUUUGCGAGACUGGUGAGGCCGUCACCGUGUGAUUCUUUACUAGCGGUCUUGAACAGUAAUCUAAAUGUCCAUGUGUAUAGGGAGCAGAAACUGGUUUGCAAUUUAGAUGAGUCAGAGAAGCAUUUAGAACAGCGAUCAUACCAUUGCAUGGAAUGGAGCCCCGAUGGAAGUUGCCUAGCUAUUGGGAAUGAAAGCGGAGAAGUGACAGUUUAUGCAAUACAGAGAGCUAAUGAUGGAUCUGUAAGCUUCGCACCAAAAAGGACCUUUGUCUUGAACAGCGGCCUGCCGUCCCCUUGGGUCACUCAUAUCUGUUGGAAAGGUGAUGAAAUCGUUGCAUUCCUUGAUGAUAAUUCAAUUUACUUGAUAGAUGAUAGACAAGUUGAAUCCGUGAAGCAAGCCAAAAACUCUUCGAGGUUUAAGAUUGUGGAUUACUGUGUUAUGGGCGAUUUUCUGCUCUUCACGGAUUCAUGUCAGUUCAACAAGUUGAAUCUUAAGUCGGGAGAAUUAAGCAGUUUGACUCUUGGGCCAGGAGACGAGGUCAGCAUUGUACCUUUGCAGAAGGCAAAGAAGGUUAUCUUGAUUUCGAACAAGACCAGUUGCCAGGUUCAGAUAGAUCGUGACUUCACCUUGAUACCGGAUGAUAUCAUUGCUCCACAUUUAGAGCGUAAAUUCAGAAGGUGGAGUGCGGUGAACAAUGAGCUGAAUAAGUACGAAAGUUCACUGUUGAUUUAUGGCAUUUCGCUUUCACCAGAUGGCUAUUCGGUUGCCAUCAAUUAUAGCAUGGAGCGUGUUUGUAUGAAAUACAAGAUUGCAUCGGAGCAUCAGAUGUACAUCACGUUCAUACCCCUCUAUGAAUCAUGGUCAAUUACUAAGAAAGCUACCGGGCUGGCGUGGUAUCAAACUUACAAAAUCUAUCAAAGUUUGUUGCCCUCGUUUGAAAGCCAAAAUCGAGAAGACACUCAUGCCAGGUGCGACAUUCAUAUGCCCUUGGAGUUAUACAUUCAAACGUUUCUCAGUAGCACUGAGAUGAACAAUUUGCGUUUCUUCAACUUGAUCGAAGAGCACCCAUCAAUUAAACCGUUUAGGAAAGCCAUUUUUGAUUAUGCUGUGGCUAGAAGCCCAGAGUUAACAAAUGCCAUAGACAAAGCUUCGGUACAGUCACUAGCAGCAAUCUUGGGGUUUCCUAGUCCAGUCGAAGCAGGAAUCGUUGAACUGAGGAGUCAAUUUAUAACCGAGACCUUCAAUUUCGAGAAAAACGGUGCUCAGGAACCUAUAAUAUCCGAACAGCAACAUGCGUGGAAAAGAUGUGCGGUUACAUUGCUGCCCAUUUUGACUACAAAGGUAAAAGUAUGCCCCAUCAGCAAUCAGCGUAUUAUUGACAUCAGAGCUGACACCCUGAACGAUUAUGGCUGGUUUACAAGAACGCUACUUGAAGUCUUGAAAGAUGAAAGCGUAUAUAGUGGCACAACUAUGACCCUUUGA